AUGCUAUGCCGUACACUGAGCCGCGUCUCACGUGGCGUUUCUUCUCCUCUGAUCACUCGGCGGUUCUCUCUUGUCGACGAAAUCUCGAAUAGUCAAUUUAUUGAGGAUGAAUAUAGUGACAAUGUCCAUUCAACGUGUGUAUCGGGUGUGUACCAGCUGCCUGGAACGCUAGAAUUGGAAAAUGGCGCCAUUCUUGAAGCUCCAGCAGUGGCUUAUACUACAUAUGGCAAGCUUAAUACUACGCGGGAUAAUGUUCUUGUACUGUGUCAUGCUCUUACGGGUCAUUCGCUAGUGCAUCAAUACUGGAAUGCUAUGGUCACUCCAUUGUGGACAGAGAAGUAUUAUAUCGUCUGUAGUAAUGUCUUAGGCUCGUGUUACGGUAGUACAGGUCCCACAUCAAUCAAUCCACUUACAAGACGUACGUAUGGCCCGGACUUUCCAGCUGUGACAUUGCGCGACGCCAUUGCGUUGCAGCGACGAUUAUUAGAGGAUGGUCUAGGUGUGCGUCAAGUUCAGGCUGUGAUUGGUGGUUCGUUAGGUGGUAUGCAAACACUGGAAUGGGCAUUUCAAGGAUCAGAUUAUGUAAAAAGUUUUGUUGCUAUUGCAUGUGGAGCGCAGCAUUCGGCGUGGCAGAUUGGCAUUAGUGAAUUGCAGCGGCAAGCUAUUUAUAUGGAUCCUAAUUUUUGUCAUGGUCACUAUAGUUCAAACAGUCCUCCUAAUGCUGGUAUUGCGCUAGCUCGCCAGAUUGCCAUGGUUAGCUACCGUUCUCAUACCGCUUAUGUCAAUAAAUUUGGUCGUUGCCAGGAAGAACCAAUUCUUAGUGACAAGUUGACCACGAAGUACGGAAGAUUUGUGGUACAGUCGUAUCUCAAGUAUCAGGGUGAGAAGUUUUUGUCUCGCUUUGACGUCAACUCGUACCUGACUUUACUUCAUAUGAUGGACACACAUGACAUUGGACGUGGUCGUGGUGGUGUCGAUCAGGCGCUAAGCACAUUGUCCCAACCAUCGCUGGUCAUUGGCGUUGACUCGGAUGUACUGUAUCCUUUAUCUGAGCAGCAGGAAAUUGCUGACGGAUUGGUCAAUUCGAAGCUCAAGGUCCUUUCGUCACCUCACGGUCACGACAGCUUUUUGCUUGGCCAGAAGGAAAUAAGUGAGCUAACAAGAAAGUUUUUGAUUGAAAAUGUGGAGUGA